CGUGUUUAAAAUCGGAUUAGACACUCGAAAUGAUAUCUCUUGCCGGCAUAACCCUGAUUGUAGCCGAUAUCCUUCUUCACUAUUCACCUGUUCAGAGUUCUGCUUUCGCUAGUGGAGUCCACAACACUGAAGUGGUGCGGUUCAAUGAGGUGUGGGGGCGGAGCUUCUGCCGCACUAUGGAAAAGCUAGUGGAGGUGGUGCAGGAGUACCCAGGAGAGGUAGAGCAUAUGUUUAGCCCUGCCUGCGUUUUGCUGUGGCGUUGUGCUGGUUGCUGUGGUGACGAGAGCCGGGAGUGCCAUCCUACCCUUACCCGCAACCUCACUGUGCAGCUGUUGAAAAUCAAGCCAGAGGGAGAAAAUGAGUAUGUUGAGAUGACAUUUAAGGAGCACCAGACAUGUGAAUGUAGACUACGAAACAGCAUUUCGAGAAAUGAAAGGCAGAGAACUAGAAAGAGGGGGCGGAAGAGGAAAGACCGGCUGAACGCAAAAGAAUGUGACACGUGUCCCCUUCCUCCACGAAGACGGAGGUAGCUGUGGCUCCGCCCCUUCCCUGCCCUUCUGCCCUGUUUGCUCCAUGCCCAGGGCUGACAGCCCGGUCUGUCUUGAGGAACAGACUGCAUCUGGGAUUGGACAGGGUUUCUACAGCGUGCUGAUGAGUGAUGGUCCCACAGGGGGGCCAGAGGGUGUCCAGGAUGGGGGUGUUCACCAAUGAGAGAAUCAUCCUUACGUUUGGUGACCUCAUAAGGCAUUCUAGAAGAGGUCUGCAACAAGCAUGGACUAUGCUUAAGGGUCCACGUAGAGUCACUUAGUUGGUCACUAUGGAAGACUACGAUCUGACUUUUGGGGUUUUUAUUAGGUGUCUUGCCAACUGAACUAUUGAAUUUAACUAUUAUUGAUUAU